AUGGAUCCACUGAAGUACCUGUUCGAGAAACUGGCUCUAACUGGAACGAUCGCAAAAUGGCAAUUGUUACUUUCCGAGUUUGACAUCACCUAUAUCACUCAGAAAGAAAUCAAGGGGCAAGCUUUGGCCGACCAUCUCGCAGCAAACUCUCUGCCUGACUAUCAUCCACUGAAGACUUUCUUCCCUGAUGAGGAUAUCCUAUUCCUUGAGGGAGAAGAAGGACCGGAGGCAGAUAAGUGGACCUUAUAUUUCGAAGGUGCAGCUAGCGCUAAAGGAAGCAGAAUAGGGGCAAUCCUUAACUCUCCAGAUGACAUCCCCAUCCCUAUUUCCAGAAGGCUAUCCUUCGGGUGCACAAACAACAUAGCCGAGUAUGAGGCAUGUAUAGGAGGCUUAAAGGAAGCAAUCAUUUUAGGGGUGAAAAAGCUAAGGGUCUUCUGUGACUCUCAACUCAUCAUCAAUCAAACGAAUGGUGACUGGAAGACGAAGGACAAGAAGUUAAUUCCAUGCCACAUUUAUCUCGAGAAUCUCAUCGACGAAUUUCAUAAAGUCACUUUUACAUACAUGCCACGUGCCAAGAAUCAAUUUGUUAAUGCCUUGUCCACAUUAACAUCUAUGUUAAACAUUCCCAAGGGAGCAGCACAAUGGGAACUUACAGUUAAACUAUAA